CCUCUAAAAGUCAUUAUUCAGUCUCCACUGCUAGAGAGUAGAGAGUGAAGUAACCAUGGGCGACGCUAUCGUCUCCGGUGUUGUGACCAGUGUUGUGGAACAGGUGAUCACCAUCAUCAAGGACCAAGUAGUCCAGGAGUUAAGAGCAGCGUUGGGUGUGGAGAAGGAGAUCAAAAACCUCUCAUCAAAGCUCAACAAAAUCAGGGCGGUGUUGAAUGAUGCAGAGAGGAGAAGCUUCAAGGAAGAGAGCGUGAAGCUGUGGGUGGAAGAGAUCAAAAACCUCUGCUACGAUGUGGAAGAUGUUGUGGACGAGUGGAGCACCAAAACUCGCAGACAACAGAUGGAGAGGUCGUCCCAGGUUGCAGGAAACUGUAGCUUUUUCCUGCCUUCUUGUUUCCAUUUCAAAAGGAUUGUGAUGCAUCGAGACAUCGCCAAGAAAAUAAAGGAACUUGAUUCCAGACUUGAUCGGAUUACGAGAGAGAAAGAUCAGUUCAAUUUUCUUGCUGUAGCAAACACAUCUGCAUCACUACACCCUGAUCACAAAUCGAAACCAGUCAGCACUCCGUUUGAUGUGGAUGCAACAGAGAUUCAAGGUCGGGAAUCCGAUGCCAGUGGUUUAAUAAGCAAGUUGCUGGAGAAUAAUAAUAAUAAUAAUGGUUCCCCUGUCGUCAUUUCCAUAGUGGGCGCCGGAGGGAUAGGGAAAACUACCCUUGCUCAACUAGUCUAUGGCCAUCAACAGAUAAAGACUCAUUUUGAUGAAAGGGUGUGGGUUUGUGUUUCACACCCUUUUGACCAGAUCAAGAUUGCAAAAGCCAUUGUUGAGUCAACCACUAAAAGCUCCACAGAUCUAUCUCAAUUGCCAAUGUUACUGGAAAAAAUCCAAAGCACUUUGUCUCAGGAAAGGUUCCUACUUGUGUUGGAUGAUGUGUGGACAGAGGAGGAUGCAAUGUGGGCGCCAUUUAAGAACUGCCUCAAGGUUGGACUCCCCGGCAGUAGAAUCUUGGUGACCUCAAGGAGUGAGAGGGUUGCAAGAAUGAUGGCAAGUGUGUAUCUGCAUCAGGUGGACCUCAUCUCCGACUCUGAUGCUUGGUUGUUGCUUAGCAAGAUUGCAUUUUCCGAGGGAAGGGAUGACGCUUAUUCUAAGAAACUGGAGGAAAUUGGUAAGCAAAUUGCUCAAAAGUGUAAAGGACUGCCACUUGCUGUUAAGGUUAUGGGAAGCCUGUUACGUAACAAAGAUACUGAGGAGGAAUGGCAAACGGUUUUAUCUCAGCUGGAUACUAAAUUUUCGAAUGUGGAGGGAGUGGAAACAGAUCUCUUUCCUCAUUUGCGUCUAAGCUACGAUGAUUUAACCCCUCAGAUGAAGAGAUGUUUCUCAUAUUGUGCUGUCUUUCCCAAGGAUUAUAGAAUAGAUGUAGAUGAGCUAAUCAGAAUUUGGAUGGCACAAGGUUAUCUCACAACAACAAAUGGUAGUGAUCAUAAUAAUCAGAUGGAACAGAAAGGCCGGGAGAUUUUUAACAAUUUAGCAAUGCGUUCUUUGUUCCAAGAUUUUAUGAAACAUCGCUGGGUUUCCAACAUCAUUAUAUCUUGCAAAAUACAUGACAUAGUGCAUGAUUUUGCCGAGUUUCUUGCAAAAAAUGAAUGCUACAGUGUUGUUUGGCAGGAGGAUAAGGUGAAGAUUGAAAAUCUACGUCAUCUAUCAUUGCAGAAAACUAGAAGGCCUAUGGAUCUUGCUUCCAAUUAUGGUGUCCUUGGAAAACUUCGCACUUUUAUUGCUAAAGACCUUUCUCCCGAACAACUUACUGCAAAUAUGUUCAAUGGUCUAAAAUCUGUAAGAGUAUUGGGAUUGCAUAACUGUAUGUUGUCAAAACUCCCAAAGGAGAUAGGAAAUUUGUUUCAUCUAAGGUACAUUGAUUUACGUUGGAGCAACGUUAAGGAGUUACCUGAUUCAAUUUGCUCUUUGGAUAACUUGCAAACUCUAAAUCUUCAAGGAUGUAUCUGUCUUUCUAGACUUCCCGAAGGGAUUGGAAAUUUGCAUCACCUAAGCGUGAUUGAUUUAAGUAGGACCAACGUUGAGGAGUUACCUGAUUCAAUUUGCUCUUUGGAUAACUUGCAAACUCUAAAUCUUCAAGGAUGUAUGUGUCUUUCUAGACUUCCCGAAGGGAUUGGAAAUUUGCAUCACUUAAGCAAGAUUGAUUUAAGUAGUAGCAAAGUUGAGGAGUUACCUGAUUCAAUUUGCUCUUUGGAUAACUUGCAAACUCUAAAUCUUCAAGUAUGUAAGUGUCUUUCAAGACUUCCUGAAGGGAUUGGAAAUUUACACAAGUUAAGGAAGAUUGAUUUACAUUGGAGCAAAGUUGAGGAGUUACCUGAUUCAAUUUGCUCUUUGGAUAACUUGGAAAUUCUAAAUCUCCAAGGAUGUGAGUGUCUUUCUAGACUUCCUGAAGGGAUUGGAAAUUUACACAAGUUAUGGAAGAUUGAUUUAAGUAGGACCAAAGUUGAGGAGUUACCUGAUUCAAUUUGCUCUUUGGAUAACUUGGAAAUUCUAAAUCUCCAAGGAUGUGAGUGUCUUUCUAGACUUCCUGAAGGGAUUGGAAAUUUACACAAGUUAAGGAAGAUUGAUUUAAGUAGAAGCAAAGUUGAGGAGUUACCUGAUUCAAUUUGCUCUUUGGAUAACUUGGAAUAUCUAAAUCUUCAAAGAUGUGAGUGUCUUUCAAGACUUCCUGAAGGGAUUGGAAAUUUACACAAGUUAAGGAAGAUUGAUUUAAGUAGGACCAAAGUUGAGGAGUUACCUGAUUCAAUUUGCUCUUUGGAUAACUUGGAAAUUCUAAAUCUCCAAGGAUGUGAGUGUCUUUCUAGACUUCCUGAAGGGAUUGGAAAUUUACACAAGUUAAGGAAGAUUGAUUUAAGUAGGACCAAAGUUGAGGAGUUACCUGAUUCAAUUUGCUCUUUGGAUAACUUGGAAAUUCUAAAUCUCCAAGGAUGUGAGUGUCUUUCUAGACUUCCUGAAGGGAUUGGAAAUUUACACAAGUUAAGGAAGAUUGAUUUAAGUAGGACCAAAGUUGAGGAGUUACCUGAUUCAAUUUGCUCUUUGGAUAACUUGGAAAUUCUAAAUCUCCAAGGAUGUGAGUGUCUUUCUAGACUUCCUGAAGGGAUUGGAAAUUUACACAAGUUAAGGAAGAUUGAUUUAAGUAGGACCAAAGUUGAGGAGUUACCUGAUUCAAUUUGCUCUUUGGAUAACUUGGAAAUUCUAAAUCUCCAAGGAUGUGAGUGUCUUUCUAGACUUCCUGAAGGGAUUGGAAAUUUACACAAGUUAAGGAAGAUUGAUUUAAGUAGGACCAAAGUUGAGGAGUUACCUGAUUCAAUUUGCUCUUUGGAUAACUUGGAAAUUCUAAAUCUCCAAGGAUGUGAGUGUCUUUCUAGACUUCCUGAAGGGAUUGGAAAUUUACACAAGUUAAGGAAGAUUGAUUUAAGUAGGACCAAAGUUGAGGAGUUACCUGAUUCAAUUUGCUCUUUGGAUAACUUGGAAAUUCUAAAUCUCCAAGGAUAUGAGUGUCUUUCUAGACUUCCUGAAGGGAUUGGAAAUUUACACAAGUUAAGGGAGAUUGAUUUAAGUAGAAGCAAAGUUGAGGAGUUACCUGAUUCAAUUUGCUCUUUGGAUAGUUUGGAAACUCUAGACCUUAAAGGAUGUGAGUGUCUUUCUAGACUUCCUGAAGGGAUUGGAAAUUUACACAAGUUAAGGAAGAUUGAUUUAAGUAGGACCAAAGUUGAGGAGUUACCUGAUUCAAUUUGCUCUUUGGAUAACUUGGAAAUUUUAAAUCUCCAAGGAUGUGAGUGUCUUUCUAGACUUCCUGAAGGGAUUGGAAAUUUACACAAGUUAAGGGAGAUUGAUUUAAGUUGGAGCAAACUUGAGGAGUUACCUGAUUCAAUUUGCUCUUUGGAUAGCUUGCAAACUCUAAAUCUUGAAGGAUGUGAGUGUCUUUCUAGACUUCCUGAAGGGAUUGGAAAUUUGCGUCACCUAAGCAAGAUUGAUUUAAGUUUGAGCAAACUUGAGGAGUUACCUGAUUCAAUUUGCUCUUUGGAUAGUUUGGAAACUCUAGACCUUAAAGGAUGUGAGUGUCUUUCUAGACUUCCUGAAGGGAUUGGAAAUUUGCGUCACCUAAGUGAGAUUGAUUUAAGUAGGACCAAAGUUGAGGAGUUACCUGAUUCAAUUUGCUCUUUGGAUAACUUGCAAAUUCUAAAUCUUCGAGGAUGUGAGUGUCUUUCUAGACUUCCCGAAGGGAUUGGAAAUUUGUGUUACCUAAUUGAGAUUGAUUUAAGUAGGAGCAAAGUUGAGGAGUUACCUGAUUCAAUUUGUUCUUUGGCUAACUUGAAAAUUCUAGACCUUGAAGGAUGUGAGUGUCUUUCAAGACUUCCUGAAGGGAUUGGAAAUUUACACAAGUUAAGGAAGAUUGAUUUAAGUAGGACCAAAGUUGAGGAGUUACCUGAUUCAAUUUGCUCUUUGGAUAGUUUGGAAACUCUAGACCUUAAAGGAUGUGAGUGUCUUUCUAGACUUCCUGAAGGGAUUGGAAAUUUGCGUCACCUAAGCAAGAUUGAUUUAAGUUUGAGCAAACUUGAGGAGUUACCUGAUUCAAUUUGCUCUUUGGAUAGUUUGGAAACUCUAGACCUUAAAGGAUGUGAGUGUCUUUCAAGACUUCCUGAAGGGAUUGGAAAUUUACAUCAGUUACGAUUGAUUGAUUUAAGAGGGUGUAAAGUAGAGUUGCCUGAUUCAAUUUACUCUUUGAGCAAGUUGAAAAUUCGAGUUGGGGAACUGGGCAGCGAUCUAUCUGAAUCUGAAUAUUGCAGCGAAUGAUCGAGAUAUGGAGGAAGCGUGAAAGCAAUGUAUGUUCUAUUUCUCAGGAGGCACUUAUAGCUAGCGCAUCAACAGAAUUGAAUUGAAGUAUCCAUUCUUCUAUUAUAUACAACUCUCACUCCAUCAUCACAGCACUUUGAGGGGGCAGCAAACACAACUGUCAUUGCCACUGCCACCAAACUCACACAUUAAUGGAGGCGCCGACGGUGCUGCUCGCUCUCUGCAUGCAUGCCCUCAUAAAUGGCAGCAGCUUAAAAGAAAUAGAGGGAGUAAAUCACAAGCUGGCAUGUCUCAACCACCAUCGUUGCAUGCAUUAAUUGAUGGCUCGGGAGAAGCAAGUACACACGUAUGUAAGGGCAACACCGUGUAAUGAAGUCCCUAGGCAAUUGGUGGAUACUGAUUCUGAACGGAAUGGAAGGUGUGCUUGAUUUGCGAAUAACGGACUCAGCACCAGGUGGUUAGUGACCUACUUCAACCCAACAUACCUCACACUUGAGCGUCCUAGUGGAACUGCAAUUAGAAUAACAAGAGAAGAUGUUGCCCCCACACCAAUGGGAAGAACAGAGAUAGUUGAAAGUCCAAGCCAGGGAUGUGAUGAACCCACAGAGCCAGAGCCACAAUCCACAACUCCUAACUGACCUAACAAGGGCAUAGGAGUGGAAGCCCCUAUUGGGCAGCAACACAUACAGUGUGAAUGAAUCUGAUUAUAGGACACCUUCUCCAUAAAGAUACAGAUCCCACAUCAGGAUAUGUUGAGUCGCACCAUUUGUAUUAGAAUGUCAAGACAGUGAAUAGUUGAAGAUGGAGGAAGUAAGCAGAGACUGUAUUGAUUAGAAUGAAUGAAUACUAAAUGCAGAGUGAGUACAGUCUAUAUAUGGGGACGGAAGGGAAGAAAGCUAACAGAAAAUUACAACGUGCACUGUGGAGAUGUCUACCAUCCCUACACCCGCACACGUUUGUCUUAUGGUCCAACGAGACCUUAACAUAAAUGAGGAAUUAUUUGCACAUAAUGGGAGGACCGCACUUUUGUCGGAUUUCAAUUCCUAUCUUUAUAGAAGUGCGAGUAGGUGUCAUUGAUGCAUGGUGUUGUGUCCUAGAGAAAAUGAAAAAGAGGGACAGCCCUAGUCGAUUUUUUGCUUCUACCUACACAACGCUCCACACAAUGGUUUCCCCCAACGCCACCCAAGACAAAAGGAUUGAGUGGUUCAUUGUUCAGUUGGAAGCAUAUCUCAGGCUUGCACCAAACUUGAACUAUGCAACUUUGGGCAUGUUCUUCUUGCAGAAACAGCUCUAAUGAUUUCCAGAGUAGGUCCCGAUUUUGUGCACCUUGAUUCUUAUGAAAAUUUGUAUUUUGAUCCCGAGAUUGUACUAUCGCAAAUUGGCCCAUGGAAGAAUUUCGUGGAGGUUGCCAUUGCGCUACAUUGACAAUUGCUAUCAACUAGUUCUCCAUAUGUGACUGACGGACUUCUCAUGAACCCCCAAAUUAUUGUUGUCAUAAUUGGAUACAAUUCAUCACCGGGUUGGAUGAUUAUGCUGACUACCAAAUCUUUUUCAGAGAUGGAGUUUUGGACCAAGGCUAGAUAGUCGGCAAUUGUUUUUAUAAAAUUAAAAUAUAUGAUGAGAAUGCCUAAUUAGCUGUAAAGUGUUCACAUGACAGACAUUUACCCCUAUGAGAAUGGGAUAGAGAGUUAAUGAACCAGCUAGUCUGAUAUGUAUAAACAAUUAUAAAUUGAGUUAUGUACAAAUGUAUAAUGGCUUCCUUCGGCUAAAACUCUCUAACGCCGUCGUCGUCGCGUUCCAGAAACCUGGGAGUCCAUAGCGAAGCAGACGAAGUUGGAGAAGAUGACCAGCGAACACUUCACUGGACAGAUUGGGAUGAGGAUAGUAGAAUUGGAUUGGUGUGGAUAACUAUCUGCUACAAGGUUGGUUAAAACAUACCACGAUUGGGGACACCGGGCCAAUCAUAUUCCUGACGGAAUAUUUCCGCGUUCCGAGGAUUUGGACUGGGAACAGUUGAUCGAGGAUCGGUGCUUCAUCCUCUACUGACCAGUAAUGGAUAACACUGUCAGAUUACAUGCGAGGAAGGAAGUCAGGGUAUGCAAACAUUUUGUUGGAAGCAUAUCUCAGGCUUGCACCAAUCUUGAACUAUGCAACCUUGGACAUGUUCUUCUUGCAGAAACGGCUCUAAUAAUUUCCAGAGUUGGUCCCUGCUUUUGUGCACCUUGGAUCUUAAGAAAAUUUGUAUUUUGAUUCCGAGAAUGUACUAUCGCAAAUUGGCCCAUGGAAAAAUCUUGUGGAGGUUGUCAUUGCGCUACAUCAGCAAUUGCUAUCAACUAGUUCUUCAUAUGUGACUGACUUCUCACGAACUCAUAUUCUUGUCAUAAUUAGAUGCAAUUCAUCACCGAGUCAGGUGAUUAUGUGUGGACAGAUGAGGAAUCUCGUGGAGGUUGUUUUUCCUUAUAGGUUCCUACUUGUGUUGGAUGAUGUGUGGACAGAUGAGGAAUCUCGCGGAGGUUGUUUUUCCUUAUAGGUUCCUACUUGUGUUGGAUGAUGUGUGGACAGAGGAGAAUGCAAAGUGGGCGCCAUUUAAGAACUGCCUCCUCAAUGUUGCACUCCCUGGGAGUAGAAUCUUGGUGACCUCAAGGAGUGAGAGAGUUGCAAAAAUGAUGGCAAGUGUGAGACAUGUUAUUAAGUUUUUUUUUUAUACAUACUGUAGUAUCAUUUCAGCAAAAUUAAAGUAUUAUUUUAAUUCAAUUACAAUUCUAUUUGAUAAUAUACUAAUAUGUAAAACAUGUUAUUUAGUUUCAUUUUGUACAUACUUCGGUUUCAUUUAAACACAACUAAAGUAUCUUUUCAAUUCAA